GUUUUACUUUUAUUUUGGAUAAGGUGUAUGAAUAGUGAUUGAGAAAUCCACUCACAAUAUUUUGAACCAAAAAAGCGAAUUUUCCCUCGACAGUGGAAUGCAAACUUCAAAUCGAAAUACUCUCACACCUUUUACCAACAAUCGCAAUAUUAUUAGAACAGUUCCAGGGUAAAAAAUUGCAUCCGUAUAUCAGGAUGCAUUUGCCCAUUUUCCUUUUUAGAUGGUGGAAUUUCAGAGGCUGUGUACUGAUAAGUCUUGUGAAUUCAGUAUGGCUUUGGGAGCAUCCAAAUUUUACCGUCCCCGUUUAUCAAGACAAACCAAAAGAAGAAAUCGCAGCUGCUCUGAAGAAGCACAAAAUCGUUCCUGAAGUGAUACCACGAUGCCCAGAACACUUUAUAAAGGCGACCUAUACAACUGAUAUCGCAAAAAAUUGUACAAUUGGCCUGGGAAAUAUCCUUAAUCCUAACCUUUUGGACUGUUUCCCCUUCCAACUCCAGUGGCACACUGAAAAUGGAACUCUGUACACAUUGAUGUUUAUAGACGCGGACUACCCCUCUCGUGAGAACCGAUCGCAAUCUUGUUACCUGCAUUGGCUGCUAGGAAACGUGCCAGACUCAAAUGAUGAGUAUCCGCUCCCAGAUAUAUUUGAGUGUGAACACAUGACCAGAUAUCAGGGACCUGCACCAGCCAGAGGAACGGGCCUGCACAGGUACAUCUUUUUGGUCUACAAGCAGAAAGGAAGAGUGAGGUUUAAGGAGCCGGAUUUAUAUCCCGACGAUGGCGACGACGACCGGGUAAAUUUCUCGCCGAGAGAUUUUGCUCGAAAGUACCACUUGGGCAAACCAUGGGCGGUGUCCUUCUACUUGGCCGAGUGGGUGCAGCCUCCCCCAUCGACCACUUACGAACCUUGGGACUUCACACCCGAAACUGAGGGCCCGGGUGUCGGCGACUGGAGUAUAGAGGAACAUGACGAGUAUCUUGAUCAAGAAAGAGAGAAGGAAAGGAAAAAAGGAAUAGAGAGGAAGAAAGAUGGCAAAAACUCAAAAUAGGUUGAUAACAUUCGAACUAUAGCAAAUUGCAAUAGUAUUUUCCUAAAGAAAACACACACGCAUUUAAUUUAUUUAUUUGCCACUUGAGUAUCAAUACCUUCAUUUUUACCUAUAAUACCUCAUAAGGUGACUGGGGAAUAAAGGAGCUUGACGAUUAUCUCGGUCAAGAAAGAUAAAAAGAAAGAAGAAAAGUAUUAGGGCGGAGAAAGAUGGAAAAAAAUGAAAACAGGUUGAUAGCAUUUGCACUAGCUCAAUAGUUGCCAGAGUAUUUGCUUAAAUGAAAGACACACGCAUUUAAUGAAUUUAUUCGCAGCUUUGAUAUAAAGACCUUGUCCAUAUUUAAAUCAAGAAAUAUGCAAAUUUAUUUCAAAAUAAAAGACUUUUUUCCCGAA